CCAUCUUUAUUGUUGGUGUAAUCAGCCACCCUCUCUGACAUACACAGAAAGAGGAAGAGACAGCACGAGUGACAACAGAAAGAGCUAGGUUCUAUUAAAUUCAUGUAUAUAUUGCCAUUUUUGUCCAUUUCUUUCUAACAUUUGAGCAAUGAAAUUCAGUGAUCCAGUCUAAGAAGAAGCUUUAAAGAGAGAAGUGAUGGUGAACUUAGAACAGAGAAAAGCCUCGGAAAGAGCCACUGUGGACACUGUGGAAGCGGGACUACAAAGGGACUUGUAAAGUACAUAAAACCGUGGAAUGAUUCUGAUGUGAAAUACAAUUAAAAAAGUCCAAAAACUGCAGGGUGGAAAAGGAAAGGCAGAAAUCAGCCUGGUUCCCCAGUUUCAUUCUUACAAACAAGAAAACUUUGGAAUGACCUAAUUACAAACAAUCUAAUGGACAAACGAAUAAACCACCUAAUUGAUAAACUGAUCUGAGCUAUCAUUAAACAAGUAUUCUUUGUUAAUUCAGUUAGUGAGAAACCAUUAAAACAAUCAAUUCUGUAACCAUCGGAUCACGAACCUCAAAAGAAUGUUUAUUUCAGUACUUGUCGUGACAACACCCUUCCUCUUCAUUAACUUUCCUCCACUCUCUGCUCAGACCUUCAUACCCACAACACAGCAUUAUAAACCAGCUUCGCAUACCCAAUCACAACUCACAAAAUACAUGCAGCGUCCAAGUACAGUGAUCCAGCAUCUAAGUAUGACCUUACCUCCAACUGACACUGGUGCUCUAACUCACCUGGAAACUUCAAGCACACCUCUGUCAGAGUCUAAAGCCCUAGAAACGACCAUUCAGCCUGUUCCUGAAACAACACUUCUACCAAUUUCAAGAACUACUUUAUCUGCUUUCCAGGAAACUGAGUCUGGACCACAAAUAAAAAAUUACACAGCGAGGCAUAUUUCAGUAAUCCCCGCUCCCAUCACAACAAGUAGGCCUCAGCAUUUUAAAACAUCUGCUUCUCCAACAAGUGGACCUCAACAUUUUAAAACAUCUGCUUCUCCAACAAGAGGACCUCAACAUUUUAAAACAUCAGAUUCUCCAACAAGUGUACGUCAGCAUUUUAGAACAUCUGAUUCUCUAACAAGUGGACCUCAGGAUUUAAAUAUAUCUGAUACUCCUAAUUCUUCUGUCUCUUUGGACAAAAAAACGCACAAGACUGAUGUAGGUACCACAUCUGCCACUUUCACUGUAAGUCAGACUCAAUCCACUGGUCCAAAGGUUAUCAAAUCAGAUGCUGAGCAUUCACAUAUAAAUGUCCCCUCGAACUGGUUAUGGGUCAUAAUUAUCGCAAUUUUUGUCAUUUGUAUGGGUAUGACUUACAUCCUUGUCAAGCUCAGGAAGAAGAAACGUAGUGAAAAUUUGAGGAGUAGCUUUAAGAAUGGAGGAAGUUACAACAAAAACAAGAAAAGCCCAGCGAACGACGCCUGGGCUGGCCCUAUGCCUGCCAGUGGAGAAAUGGAAAUGGAGGAGGGGGGAGAGGGGGAAGAGGAGAUGCAGGAGAAAAGUAAAGAAGGGGAUGAGGAGCGGAUAGUGCUGAGUACUUUCACAACAAUCCAGGAAGGGACAGCUGAGGCACUAGGAGGAAAUCUGGGAGAGAAUGAGGCAAACAACAAGGUAGAAGUGCCUCUGUUACAGAGUACCACGGAUGGCAGGGAAAGCGGCCCCCUAACAGCCUCCCUCUCCUCCUCUCUACUGCCCCCUGUGGGUGACGAUGGAGAGGGUGAGCAGGACGGUCAAGCUUUCUGUCUUACUACAGCUGUUUAAGAAUAAUGGAGUGAGCUUGACUCUCACCAAAUGAAGACCAAUUCAUAAAUGCAGGUUUCAGAUUUGACUUGUCUAUACGACUUGACUUGCCAUACGAGGAACGGUUACUUGAGCUAAAUCUGUUCAGUCUCAAGCAAAGGAGACUGAGGGGGGACAUGAUCCAGGUAUAUAAGAUUCUAACAGGUUUGGAUGCUGUUCAACCAAAUAGUUACUUCAGCAUUAUUUUAAAUACACGAACUCGUGGCCAUAGGUGGAAAUUAGAGGGAGAACAUUUCAAGCUGGAUCUAAGGAAGCACUUCUUUACACAGCGUGUAGUCAGAGUAUGGAAUAGCCUUCCUGAUAAUGUAGUGCAAGCUGAAUCCUUGAGUUCCUUUAAAUCAGAGCUAGAUAAGAUUUUAACGACUCUGAGCUAUUAGUUUAGUUCUCCCCAAGCGAGCUUGAUGGGCCGAAUGGCCUCCUCUCGUUUGUAUAGUUCUUAUGUUCUUAUAACACAAAACGUGAAAUUUCCUUACUUUUGGGAACAUUUUUCAGGUCCCCAUUUGGAUAACCUCAAUUUAAUAAAAAUCUGUGUGUGCAAUGGAAAAAUUGAAAAAGUCAAAAGUAUUGUAUUUUAUUUGAUUACUUUUGGUUAUGGUUAGGACUGGGUAGGGGUUAAGGGUAUUGUGACUGGGAUUAGGGUUUUUCCCAUAGAAAUGAAUGGAAGGUUCCCAAUUAUAUAGGUGUGCCAGCAUGUGUGUAUGUCAGUGUGUGUUAACUCCGAUGUACUAUAUGUUUGUAUGUGUGUGUGUGUGUGUGUGUGUAUGUGUGUGUGUGUGUGUGUGUGUGGCAAUUCACCAUUGCUUAAGCAAGUAUAGUAGCAAACUAUAAAAAACGUGUUUUCAAACAGGUGUCGAGACAGUUGUUUUUGGGGAAAUAUUUGUCAGCUAUGCUCAACUAAACUCUGUUUUGUGUGAAGAAGUAUUUUUCUACUAAAAGGCACAGCAAAUAAAAUAUAUAUAAUACUCAAAUACAAGAGGUAAACUAAUGCAUGCUUGGGAAAAGGCAGAUAUAGGAGUUCAACUGCAUGGGUCAUCAUGGACAUAAGCGUGAUUGUACAAUAUAAGAUGGUUAUUACAAUCGUAUUAUAAACUUCUCUUCUAAAUAAUUAAAUCUACAUGGGAAAUGCACAAAGAAACGCUAUUACAUGUCUCUUAAAAAGCUGUGAUCAAGCACCUGCUGAAAAAGAAUAAAUUGAAACUUGAUCGGUUUGCAUUUAA